AUGAAACUGGUUCUAUUCCUCGCCACGGUGGCGGUUCUGAACGCGUCACUGUCCCAGGCAAAGCUGAUCAAAGUGGAAGUACCCGUUGCGGUACCAAUCCCGGUCCCGGAGAUUCAGCACAUCGAAAAGCGCGUGUCAACCAUUAAAGAGGUGAAAGUGCCGUACAUACAGGAGGUACCGGAAGAGCAUGUCGUUACCCACGUGAAGGAGGUGCCAGUCGUCAAAGAGGUACCGGUGGUGAACGAAAUUACCGUGUACCGUGAUGUGGAGGUCGUUAAGGAAGUGCCGGUUGAGAAGAUCGUGCACCGACGCGUUGAAGUGCCCGUAGAGGUAGUGCGCGAGGUAGAACUUAUACGGGAGGUGCCAGUGAUCAAGGAGAUUCCACAUGUCAAAGUAGUAAAGGUGAUCAAGGAAGUCCCGGUCGAGGAAGUAAUUGUCAAGGAUCUUCCUGUGGCGGAACCCUAUCCCGUGAAGGUACCGAUCCAUGUGCCCGUACCGGUUCAAGCGCACGAGCUACACCUCACAAAGUUCAACAAGUUCUCCCAUUUGCACGGUCUUAAAACACUGCUGGGUUAA